CAAAUGCCUCCUGGUCAAAUGCCUCCUGGUCAAAUGCCUCCUGGUCAAAUGCCUCCUGGUCAAAUGCCUCCUGGUCAAAUGCCACCUGGACACAUUCCUCCCGGCUCGAUGCCUCCUGGUCAAAUGCCUCCUGGACAACAAAUGCCUGGCCAGAUGUCUCCUGGACAAAUGCUUCCUGGCCAUAUGCCUGGCCAGAUGCCUCCUGGCCAGAUGUCACCGGGUCAAAUGUCUGGUCAAAUUCCUCUUGGACAAAUUCCUCCUGGACAAACGCCUCCUGGACAAAUAUCUCCUGGCCAAGCUCCUCCACAAGGUUACGCUCCUCAACAAAGCUAUACCCCGCAACAAGGCCAUAUCUCUCCCGUCCACGCUCCUCCGCAAGGCUAUUUCUCCCCUCAAGGCCAAACUCCUCAGUCCCAGUACCCAGCCCAACCCACAUAUGCCACUUCAGGCGUGCCUCCUCCUGGCCAGGUCCCGGGUCAGCCUCCCUACGGCUACGUCGUACCUCCCCUACCACCACGUCCCAUGAAUUCGAAUGAGCAACAUCCUAGUGCCUUCGCUCCGUCCCCUGGAACGUUCGGUGCUCCUACUGGCUACAACCCCGCCAACUUUCCUCCUCCGCCAAAGACGUAUUAUAAUCCUCCCCCACCAGCUCUACCUGCUAGGCCGGGAGCCGGGUCGGGUAAGCUCUUUUCGAGCGCCAACGCAAAGAAGUGGUUCGAUAAGACCAACCAACUCGUCGAGAGCAAACUGGCGCCCAUUUUACAAGGACCGGUAGAUCCCAAAUACAAACCAGUUCCUCCACAAGGCUCCCACCAACACGCCGCCCAACAAGGCACCCAACAAUCAGGCGUUCAGCAACAAUUUCAUCAGCAACAGAAUCACCAACAAGGCUACCAGCAGCAGGGUUACCAACAACAAGGUUAUCAACAGCAAGGCCUCCCUCAUCAAAGUCCUCCAAUGCAAAACCAGGCAGGAUUUCACGCUCCCCAUCUAGCGCCCCAGCUCCGAGGGGCCCCGGGAACAGGGCCUCCACCAGGCAUGAUGCCAGGACCGGGCCAAGGAUAUCCUGGACAACAGAGGUGGUGAGAGGGCUCUGAGCAUGGUGAGGUCUUAUGGAUCUUGUAAAAUAUACUAUUUGGUCUUUAGGGAGUCCUGAACGACUGACAUUAAUUUUCACAUAUUAUCGGUGUAUACUGAGAAUACACGAAAGGGCGGGCGAGCGAGCAUAUGAUGGCCUCCAAAGAAGCAUUGAGAGAGUGAUUCUAUAUAGAAAAAACCCUAAUGACAAUUUUCACCAAAACCAC